AUGUUGUGGGACCGGCUGGUCACUUCGGGCCCUCCUCCUGGCUUUGUCACCGCCAAUCAGAAACAGCUCCUCGGGUUAUUCUGGGACAAGGGGCAACACUGGGUUGCUGCUGCGGUUCGGAGUCUCCCGAUUGAGGAGGAUGGUCAGGGGCUGGUGUACCUUCACACCCAGAGAGUGACUUUCCACCUUCAGACCCUGCAGCGAUACCUUUCCAUCGAGCCUCCUCCAGGGUGGGGCACCCUGAUGACAUAUUGCUUCCGUCUGGUGCAUGGCCUCCAUUACGACACACAGUUCCUGUUCAUGGAGUGGUCCUGGCUUCGGGUCUUCUUCCAGGAAUUGCCUGUCUCCUACCUGGACCCAACCUGGGACACGGUCAGCUCCCCCCACCCAAGAGCUCUCAUCCUCUGGGAGUGGGGGCUCUUGUCAGGAAGAGCCUGCUCAGGAACAGUCUCUGUGACCCUGGAUGUGGAAACAGCGAAUCCCUGGCUCGAGGUGUCUGAGGAUCUGAAGAGUUUGAGAUGGACCGUGUCCCGGAGGAGUCUCCCUGACACCCGGAAGAGGUUUACAAACUGGGACUGUCCGUGUGCCCUGGGAUCAGAGGGAUUCACAUCGGGGAGACAUUACUGGGAGGUGGAGGUGGGGGGAAUGUGGGACUGGAAUCUGGGAAUAGCCUCAGAAUCUGUGGAGAGGAAGAGAUGGGUCAGUCUGAUCCCAGAGAAUGGAUUCUGGACCAUGGAGCGGGAUUGGGGUCAGUUUUACAUAAACUCCUCUCCUCGAUCCCCUCUCCCUGUCGGUCAGAUUCCCAGGAAGGUGGGAGUUUAUCUCAGUUAUGAAUCUGGGACAGUUUCAUUUUACAACGCGGACACCAAGUCCCAUCUCCACACCUCCAUUGGGAAUAAAUUCACUGGGAAACUUUAUCCUUUCUUCGGGACUUGGGGUUUAAACCAGUUCCUAAGAAUCAGCUGUUAA